UAAUUAUAAAAUUGAAGAAAAUGCACAAGCAGUUUCCUUUUGUCAAUGCCACAUUCAUCAGAGUAUCAGGAGAAUGCUUUUAAGCGUGGUUAUUUAAAAUUUUUUUUAAGAAAAAAAAAUACUCAAGAAUUCCAAUCCAGUUUAUUUAAUAAUUCAAUUGUUGUUAGGGCACCAAGACAGCAUUGUUGAGCGUUUCCUUGGCGAACCUCAAAAUUCGUUAAAAAAGGAUCAAUUGUUAGAUCGCUCUGUUGAUUCACUCCGUCCGGAUAAAAUUUGAAAUUUGAGAACUUUCUCCCAAAAUGCAGGCGAGAGAAUUAGUUUUGGCACGCAAGCUUCGCGAGGAGCGGGACAUCGGGAUGAACGAAGCAGGGGAGAUUCUCGUGUCAGAGGCCAUGUUCAACACUCUGCGGCCAAAUGGUCCACCAGUGGGGCGCCAUCGCCCAUACCAUCUUGCCAGAAUGGCCAACGACGACAUCUGCCUCAUGGUGAAAUACCGAGCAUUGGGUCGCCUCAAAGGCUCGGCUUUAUUCUGCCCCACCUGGAUCGCCAAGCAGCUCAACUUGCGUGUCGGCGAAACGGCCACUGUCUCCCACUGGCAAGGCGAAGUCCGAACGUUGAAGGUGGCCUGCAUCCUGGGACCAUUUACGAAAAAGGAGGAGAAAAAUCUGGCGCGAGCUUUUGCCAGGAUCGGCAUCCUCAACUCCAACACCUCCAUCACUCUGCCACCCAAUAACAUCGGCCUGAAGCAGGUGAAGAUCCUCAACUGCAACCCACGCAGGGGCUACUUUGACGCCGAGAAGUCCGCGCUUAAAGUCAUCGAGGUUGACUCGGACUUAGAGGAUUGAUCUUUGAACGCCUUGCCGACUUUUGGCCUCGAUUUGAACAGUAAAUUAAUAAAAUUAGUUUUUAACUCGAAAUGACUUAGUAUUUUCUUGAAAUGCUUGCCUGCCAAAUUGGCUGUCAGGGAUUAUCAGGGAUUAUUAUGCUUUUGACGACGGUGAGGGGAUAUAUAUGUAUAUUAUCUCAGAAGAUUAAGCAAAAUUUUUGCUGGUGGUGGUGUCUUUUUGUCCUAAA